UACAUUUAUUGUUUUUUAUUUCAGAGAAUCUGUAGUAAGGACAUGGAAGAGAAAAAUACAACUCUGCUGAAAGAAUUUGCUCUCACAGGCCUUCCAUAUAAUUCAGAGUGGAAAAUCUCCCUGUUCCUUGCAUUCUUGGUAAUAUAUCUCAUCACCAUUGUGGGAAACGUUGGUCUUAUUGCUCUCAUCUGGAAUGAUUCUCACCUUCACAUCCCCAUGUACUUAUUCCUUGGGAGUUUAGCUUUUGUGGAUGCUUCGUUAUCAUCGACAGUGACCCCAAAGAUGCUGGUCAAUUUCUUCACCAAGAAUAAUAUAUCUUUCUCCGAAUGUGUGAUACAAUUUUUUUCCUUAGCAAUCAGUGUAACCACAGAAUGUUUUCUCUUGGCAUCAAUGGCAUAUGAUCGCUAUGUUGCCAUAUGCAAACCCUUACUUUAUCCAGUGAUUAUGACAAAUGCAUUAUGCAUACAGCUAUUAACCUUGUCAUUUGUAGGUGGUCUCUUUCAUGCUUUCGUUCAUGAAGGUUUUUUAUUCAGGUUAACCUUCUGCAAUUCUAACAUAAUACAUCACUUUUACUGUGACAUUAUUCCAUUGUUAAAAAUUUCCUGUACUGAUACGUCUAUUAAUUUUCUAAUGAUUUUUAUUUUCUCGGGUUCUAUUCAGGUAUUCACCAUUAUGACUGUUCUUGUCUCUUAUACCUUUGUUCUCUUCACAAUCUUCAAAAAGAAGUCUGUCAAAGGCAUAAGGAAAGCCUUCUCCACCUGUGGUGCCCAUCUCUUGUCUGUCUCUUUAUACUUUGGCCCCCUUCUCUUCAUGUAUGUGCGCCCUCGAUCACCCCAAGCAGAUGAUCAAGACAUGAUGGACUCUCUCUUUUACACAGUCAUAAUUCCUCUGUUAAAUCCUAUUAUCUACAGCCUGAGAAAUAAGCAAGUAAUAGAUUCACUUACAAAAGUGUUAAAAAGAAAUGUGUAA